GCUGAUUUGAAGUUUUACCAUAAACUAAAACCCUAGCUCUCACUUCUCUGCCUUUUCCUUCUUCCAAAGCCCCUACCUUGUUUCCGCUUCUUUUUUUUCUCUAACAUUGACAACCCAAAGGAAAGAAAAAGCUCUGAAGAAAAAUGGAAAUUGACAGAGAAACCAAUGAAGACAACUCAAGGAGGAUUCAAGUCAGAUUUUUAACGAAGCUAAAAGCUCCAUAUAAAGUUCCCACAACAGCCAUUGCCAUCCCUUCUGACCUCUCUCGUUUUGGCCUUUCCUCCAUUGUUAACAAGCUUCUGCAGGCUGUGGAUUCUGAGUGGAAAACUGAGCCCUUUGAUUUUCUGAUCAAUGGAGAGCUGGUUAGGAUGUCGCUUGAGCAGUUUCUUCUUGCCAAGGGCAUUUCUGCGGAGAAAAUUUUGGAAAUUGAGUACAUAGUAGCUGUUGCCCCUCGAAAAGAGGAAGAGCCUUCUCUGCAUGAUGAUUGGGUCAGUGCAGUUGACGGUUCUAGUCCUUGGUUCAUUUUGACUGGUUGCUAUGAUGGGUUAGGACGGGUAUGGAAAGGAGCUGGAUGGUGUACACAUAUACUAGAAGGACACAGUGGUCCAAUUUCUUCUGUUAGUAUCAUCAACUCUGAAGGGGCAGGAAGUGCUACAGUUGCCACUGCUUCAAAAGAUCAAACUCUGAGGCUGUGGAAGUUUGAUGCAGAGGACUCCAGUGAUCACCCUGCAAGGAUAAGGGCAUUCAAGAUCUUGCGUGGUCAUAAUGCAUCUAUACACAGUGUUGCAGCAAAGACUUCCGGAGACCUGGUUUGCUCAGGUUCUUGGGAUUGUACAAUCAACUUAUGGCGGACAAAUGACUCUGAUACAGAUGGAGAUGUGGUGACAAUCAAGAAAAGAAAGGUGAAAAAUAAAGCUGAGGAAUCUCAAUCAGAGGGAGAGGCUGUGUCUACACUCGUGGGUCAUACACAGUGUGUUUCAUGUGUGGUUUGGCCUCAACAUGAGACAAUUUAUUCUGCAUCAUGGGAUCAUUCUGUCAGACGAUGGGAUGUUGAGACAGGCAAAGAUUUGUCAGAUAUAUUCUGUGGCAAAGUCCUUAACUGCAUUGAUAUAGGAGGUGAAGGAUCGGCUCUCAUUGCUGCCGGUGGUUCUGACCCAAUUCUUAGAAUAUGGGAUCCUCGUAAGCCAGGAACAUCGGCACCUGUGUUUCAAUUCUCUUCACAUAGUUCUUGGAUUUCGGCUUGCAAGUGGCUCAAUAGGUCUUCUUUUCAUUUACUUUCUUCAUCCUAUGAUGGGAAAGUAAUGUUGUGGGAUCUAAGAACAGCGUGGCCUCUUGCUAUCAUAGAUACGCACAAGGACAAGGUAUUAUGUGCUGACUGGUGGAAGGGUGACAGUGUGGUCAGUGGUGGGGUGGAUGCGCUGCUUCAAAUUUCUUCAGACAUCUGUAUCCAGUGAGAACACAAACAGCAUCUCAAACUUGAGACCAGAUGAUGAGCGUGCUUCCUUUUUCUUUUGUUUUUCCUUCCAAAAGGGAUGGAUGAUAGACACUGCAUGUUUAUGUCAGCUGUGUUAUUCUUUGACAUGAUGCUGAAAAUGGAGCCGGACGAUUUCAUGGCAAGUGAGAGGUUAUAACUUAUAGCAUUAAAGGAUUAGUGUCAUCUUUCAACCAAUUUUGUUCAGGGACCUUUAACUUGUGUAAAAAAGCACAUAGGGCUUAACAUUUCCUUCAAAUGUUGACUUAAAAGAUUGUGUUCUAUUUGUUCAAUUAUCAUUACAUUGUUUAUGUUUUACUUGAUGCAUUAAAGUUGAUAGGAUUAGUUAAGUGAACUGUUCUUUGAGUUCAAUAUUAAUGGUUUUAAAACUCGUACAUCCAUGCUGCAGGACACUUUUAUUUGAAUUGGGAUCUCUCCUAUCACGUGAGAGAAUUAUCCUCCAUAAUUGUCUCAUGCUACUAAAGUGUUGGAUGUGAUAUUUUCUUAUAAAAAACAUUUUUCCAUUUUCUUUUAAAAAACAUUUUUCCAUCAUGUUCCCCACCUUUUUGAACAUGAUGAUGGUUUGCUUUAGUCUUUUUAUGGGGGCUUUUGGGCUUGUCUUCAUUUGUUUAUUGUCAUUUAGCAGAUCUUGGAAAGCACAUUUAUUUGAGCUGGUAGGCCAAUCUGACAAGCCCGUUGAUGUGAUCUAAGCUCUUAACA